AUGAGCACUGGGGUUCUUACGCAAGAAGCCAAACCUCUAUACAGUAGUAACAAGAUUCACAUUGACCGCAUUGUAGCUUAUCUUGAAGGCCAAUCACCGGAGGCGGAACUCUCUGUAGAUACACUCACCGGCUGCGGCCCGUUCCUACAACGAUUAGUACACACCGCACAAGACACACACACAGCGGAUCGACUCGAUGAUGUUUUUCAGCGCGUCGCUGCACACUUUACUCGCUGCGCACACAUUACAGCCGCUGAUAACAUCAGAGAGUUAAUAGCCCAAGUUGCCAGCAAGGCGAGUGAUGUGGUGAUGGAAGAGGCGUUAUUCUUAUCUCCGCCAAUGUCGAGUGCCUCACAAGUUGUGUGGUCUCGAGUGGGGCAGUUGGUUGGGCAACUUGUGCGGGACUCUGCCGCUGGUGUUGUGAAUGUUAAUGCUCAUAGUGGUAAUAGUAGAAGAGGCAGUACUUCUCUAUUGAGUUCAAACAUCACAAGUAACAUGAAUAAAGGUACGGAAAAUAAUAAUUAUGAUCGUCAAAUAGGGCAACGGGCAUCCCCAUUGCUUUUACAGCGGAUCCCAUGGAAAGAUGUAUGUGAUGAUAAGGAGGAAUUUGAAGAGAAACCACCAGCGAUGGUGUCGAGUUUUACAGUUUUAUGGGGUAGUAUAUUUUCUUUUCUUCAGUUAUUGGCUAAUAAAUCUAAUGAGCUGAAAACAGAAGAAGGAAAGUCAGAUGAUGCUUCUUUAGUGUUACCUAAAAUGAGCACUCAACAACAACAACAACAUCCACUAGGAGGGAUACUAACAGAUUGUGUUAUUACCAUGAUGGAGAAAAACCGUUCUUUAUUAUGGGAGGCACACGAGAUGAAUCAACAUGGUGCCGCCGCUGAGGUACUCUGCGUUGCAGCAAAUAACUUUGCAUGGUUGCUCCAGCAGUGUAAAUAUUUACCAAUAACAAAUGCUGUAGAGAUUAGGGAAGUUUUAAUGCAGUGUACAGCUGAUGUUUUACAGGAUAUUAUUACUGGAUGCUCAACAGAACUUCACUACAUUUUUUCAUUAUAUCUUUUUCCACACAUAGAUGGAGGUCAACGGCAACAAGUUACCCCUCGAGUGCUCACAGGACGAUUAACUGCCACUUGUGAUAUUUGUAAUAGUCUGGUACUUGUUUUACCAAAAAGUGAAGUCAUAUCACUUCUUCUAGAGCGUCUGCUGCUUCCUCUAGCAGAACGGCUCUUGGACACUAAAGAACAACAACACAUGGUAGACAAGAGUAAUGCUAGUUACCAAAAAAGUCUUCGAACCCAUAAUUUUUAUGAUGAUGAUGAUGAUAAUGAUACUGGACUACGAGUACCACCAUCACCACCUGUUGAUGGCAGUGCUACGACAUUAGCAGAACGAGUAACAGAGAUACUGGAUGUAUUGGCGAGUGACACUGCCUUUGGACCUACUAUCUGUCAAGAGAGUUCCUCUUAUUGUACAAUUCGUCGUUUGCUCCCUGUAAUGACCUCAUAA